GAGUAAUCUAAAUUGCAAACACAAAGAGCCUAGCACAACUUAUCUACACGCCUUUGUAAACUACUUAUCUCGGCGAUUAAGUAGUAAAAUCUCCAUCCACAGUGUUUAUAAACUUGGACCUAGAUCGGACGUUGGUAUAUGUACAUAGAUAACGGUGUGCUACUAUGAAUUCUCUUAAAAUCGCCCCUCAACUCGGGAAAAGCUCUUGAAAGAGCACUGAGCAAGUUGGCCGGCUGAUUUCACUUUUAUAAAGAGCCGCCGCUCAUUGGGCUUUAGUUGUCUAUCGGUUCUCUUGGCGCGCAGUCCUCCCCGUCCGACUACAAAGUUACAAUGACCUCCGCAUCCAUAAUUCCCGCUUCCGUUAAUCCCGAUCUGCAAAAGGAGCGCGAUGGAGCCAGCUUCAGUACCGAGGAGUUUGCCGCCUGGUGGGCAAAGGGCGAGGAAGUUCUAAAGUUCAACCGGGAAAUCCGUGCAUAUAUGCAGAAGGAUGUGGAUCACGGCGAGAUGCUGCAACUGCAGGCCAAGUCGCAUGUGGAGAUUAACGAGUUCUCUCAGCGGUGCGCCAUCGAAGCGGCCCAGAAGCUGCGACGCCUGCAGCAGGAACGCAAUCCUGGAGGAGACGAUUACUGGCCUAAACUUUAUGAUCACCCUGUCAUGUGGGGCCUCGUCCCUGGUGGCAAUCCUUUUGGCGUGAUGUACGUGAUGCUAGUCAAGGCACUGCAGGCACAGUGCACUCCGGAGCAGUACGAGGAGUUCGGCAAGCGUGUGGAACGCUUCGAGAUCUGCGGCACCUAUGCCCAAACUGAGCUCGGGCAUGGAACCUUCUUGCGAGGACUGGAGACCCGUGCAGACUUCGAUCCCAAGACGGACGAGUUCGUGCUGAAUACGCCCAAGAUUUCCUCCUACAAGUGGUGGCCCGGAGGCUUGGGACACUCCUCCAACCAUUGCCUUGUGAUGGCGCAGCUGUACAUCAACAACCAGUUCAAGGGGCCGCAUAUGUUCUUCGUACAAGUGCGCGAUGAGGAGACGUUUGAGCCUCUGCCCGGUGUCCACAUCGGUGACAUCGGCAAGAAGAUGGGUUUUAUUGGUGUGAACAAUGGCUUCCUCGGCCUGAAGAACGUCCGCAUUCCUCGCACUCGGAUGCUGAUGCGGCAUGCUAAGGUCAAUGCGGAUGGAACCUAUAUCAGCAGUCCCACGAAUGUCCUCACCUACUUUGCCAUGGUGCGCACGCGCUGCGUGAUUGCUAAGAAUAAUGCGUUUGUGCUGGCAGCAGCAGCCACCAUUGCCACUAGAUACUCCGCUGUCCGUCGUCAGAGUCCCAUUAAUCCCAAUGAACGUGAGCCCCAGAUCAUGGAUCAUGUCACCCAACAGAUGAAACUCUUCCCCGAGAUUGCCACCAGCUUGGCUUAUAACCUGGCCAGCGAUUAUUUGUGGAAUCUUUACGAUGUAACACUUAAGGAUAUUGAAAACGGAAAGUACGAGCGGCUGCCGGAACUGCAUUCCUUGUCCUGCGCCUUAAAGGUGACCUGCUCCUCGGACUCUGCCGCCGGCGUGGAGAGAUUGCGCCUGGGCUGUGGUGGCCAUGGUUAUCUGUCCUCGUCCAACAUGAGCAACCUUUAUGUGCUGGCCACCGCAGCCUGCACCUAUGAGGGUGAGAACACUGUGCUCCUUCUGCAGAUCGGUCGCUUCUUGAUGAAGUCCUGGCGCUCGGCGUUGAGUGGAGCUCCUCUGGUGCCCACCGUUCAAUAUCUGGCCGAAGUGCAAAAGAAUCCAGAGUUUGGCGCCUGGACGGGCAGCUGGGAGAACAUGGUGAAGGCCAUGAAGUACACAGCAGCCAACAAGACCCGCUUGGCUUUUAAGAGCCUUUCGGCCCGUCUGUCAAGGGGAGAGACUGAGGAGAAUGCUGCCAAUCACACGGGCAUUGAAUUCACGCAGGCAGCCGAGCUCCAUGGUCGCGCAUUUGUUUUCUCCUCUUUCACCGAUGAGGUGACUGGUCCCAAGUCCAAGACCCGAUCUGCAUCUCUUAAUCGGGUUCUGGAGAACCUUUUGGAACUGUACCUGGUCAAGGAGACACUUAAUCAAAUGAGCAACUUGCUGAGGUUCAUUCAGUUGACGGAUACGGAUCUACGCGGCCUACAGGAUCGUUUGGAAACCGUGCUGACCAAGCUGCGGCCUGAUGCUGUGGCCAUUGUGGAUGGUUUCGACUUUAGUGACCUGCAGCUGAACUCUACCCUGGGAUCGUUCGACGGCAAUGCGUACGAGCGAAUGUUUGAUGCUGCUCUCAAGACCCCGAUGAACCUAAAAUCGGUGCCAGCAUCCUUUAAUGAGCUUCUCAAGCCCUUCAUGAAGUCAAACAUAUAAAGGAAUGUGCAAUGUGCGUGCAAUAGUUUUAUACCUUUUCUGUAUUUGUGUUUUAAACCUGUUUUAUUUUA